GAGAGGAGCAGACGUCUGUAGAGGUAGAGGUGCUGGCUUCGGAACUUUCAGACUUCUGCUGGAAGUCUCCAAGUCAAGGUGAUCUACAAAGAAAUACUGAGUGGAGACUAUACUGAGAUUCUAUUAAAGACCCACUUGAAUUCAGCCCCCACUAGAAGAAACUUUGGCCAGAGCAACCAACACAUCACCUGGAAGUCUUCAGACUAGAGUAUUGAAGAGCUCCCAAGUGCUUCCAGAAGCCAAUAAAGGAUCAUUUCAGUCUGCUUCACGGCUAAGGAGUAACCCUUAAGUACCAUGGCCCAAAACCUGCAAGCAGAGUUGUCCUGUCCAGUUUGCCUGGAUUUUUUCUCCUGUCCCAUUUCUCUCUCUUGUGCACACAUUUUUUGCUUUGAUUGCAUCCAGAAUUGGAUCCUAGAAAACCAUGAUUUUAGAGUGAUGUGCCCCUUGUGUCGAGAUGUGGUGAAGGCACCUCCUUUGGAAGAAUGGCAAGUGAGAGCCAUAGCACUUAUCACCAAGCAGCAUGAUAACCGACUGGAGCAAACUCUGCACAUGAGGGAGGAGCUCCAGCGUUUUCGGGAAGAUGUGACCCUGGAUGCAGCCACUGCCAGCUCCCUCCUUGUCUUCUCCAGUGAUCUAAGAAGCGCUCAGCCUGGGAAGAUCCACCACGACCUGACAAAAGAUCCUAGGCUGACCUGUGUCCUGGGUACUCCCUGCUUCUCCUCCGGCCGACAUUACUGGGAGGUUACAGUGGGAGAGGUGAAGUCGUGGUCCCUGGGCGUCUGCAAGGAGUCGGCUGACAGAAACAGCAGUGAUUUAUCCCCUGAGCAUGGCUUCUGGAUCAUUAGCAUGGAGGCAGGAGCAAUCCAUGCUAACACCGACCUGGAGAGAAUUCCUGCAAGCCCUAGCCUUCGUCGUGUGGGAAUUUUCCUGGAUGUUGACUUUGAAGAAAUCCAGUUUUUCGAUGUUGACAAUAAUGCCCACAUCUAUACCCAUGAUUCUUUCUUCUCUUUGGAGCCUUUGCGUCCAUUCUUCUGUCUUGAGCUCUUGGGAGAAGGGGAGAGUGGCAACGUCCUGACCAUCUGCCCAUGAGAAAAUCAGCCCUUCUUAGAAGCUUUCUAAGAGGUGAAAGAGAAUUUUGGCCUGAGAAAGGUCAGCAUGACUGAGGAAGGAAUAAUGUGCUAUAGUGCAAAGACUUGGUAAAUUUUUAAAGUAGAUUUUGUAGGCUUUGUAGCAAAACAAUUUUUGGAUUUUUGGGGUAAAUUUUGUAGAAUUUGUAGCUAGGUAACUGGGGUUUUUGGGGAUGUUAUUAAGUACUCUAAGCCUCAGUUUUCUGGUCUCUAGAUGGGGAUAAUUGUAUGUCAGUCAAACACCUGUGGUAAUUAGACAAUACUAUGGCUUCGUCUUAUAGUAAAUAACAAGUAGAGAAAUAUUAGAUUGUAAGUAAAGUAGAUAUUAGGUUUUGUGGAUAGACAAUAUCUUUUUCAUUAUUUCAAGCUAUUUUGGGUAAUUGCUGAUAAUGUCUGAGGAGGAAGAAAAAUUAAACAGCCAGUGUGAGUUAUUUUGUUUAUAUGGCAUGAAAUUUCAGAGAGACAAAUAGGUACUGGGGAAGAACUAAGUUUUUUCAUUUUUUUUUUUUUUUUUUUUUUUGAAACACAGCCACAUACAGUUUCUCAAAAGACAAAGAACUUUGACCAAAAUGUAUUGUUAAUGGUGAUUCAUAUUCUUAUGGGAAGUGUCAUUUACCCAUCUCAAUAAUUGGACUAUUGUGAUUUAUAAGAAUUCUUAUCAACCAUGUUAACUCUAACACAUAUUCAUCAAAAAUUGUUUUGAAGGUUGCUUUGGAUUUAUUUUUUAUUUGUAGAAUUUACAUUUUCUUGCAAAUACAUUUAUAAAGCAUUGGAUGAGUUCGUGUUUAUGCUGUUUGGUCUGUCUCUCACAUCAAGUCUG